GACGAAAAAGAAGAGACCCAUCAAUGCAAAUGGGAAAGCUGUUAUUUGGAGAUGGGAAAUCUGGAAGAACUUAUCGUGCAUGUGAAGGAUAAGCACAUUGGAAGUGGCAAGGCCUUGUAUUACUGUGGUUGGGAAAACUGUCCUCGUAACCAGAAGCCAUUCACCAAACGACACAAGAUGCAUAAUCAUCUUCGUACACAUACGGGAGAACGGCCCUUUGAAUGCAAAGAGCCUGAUUGUGGCAAACGAUUUUCACGGCCAGACUCUCUUACAACACAUAGCAAGAUCCAUUCGAAUGUACGACCUUACCUGUGCGGUUUCGAGAACUGCGGCAAAGCAUACUACCAUCUGCGGUCUCUGCGGAAGCACGAGCGUACACAUGAA